AUGAAUUUUAUCGGGAUUACGCCGACGAAGCCGCGCGAGUCGCACUCGACACAUAAUCGUGAGUUGAAAAAAAAAAAUUCUUGUUGUUUUUUUUUCCUCGUGCUUUUUCUAUGACAAUAUGUGUGCAUAGGCAUUGUUGAAAAAUGAUUUUGAAUUAUCUGAAAACGUGGAAAAAGUCACAAAUGAUGUCCAUUUUUUAAGAAAAAUGAGCGUUUUGAAGGUUUUCAGUACUUUUUGGGUUUCUUUUUUUUUUGAAUUACUUAAAAAAGCACCUUAUCAAGCAUACAUGGGAUAGUCUCCGUAGGGCCUGAAAAAAGGGGGGGGGGCAAAAAAACGAAAAAAAGGGGGGCGCAAAAACCGUAAAAAAAUUUUUUUCAGGGUGCGCGCUGGACAGUACAUUUGUCCGAUUUUAUAAGGAAAAAAGAAAAAAAUUUUUUUCUUAGUUAAAAGUGGUCGAAAAAGAAAAAAAGAGGGGGGAGGGGGGGACUUGGCUCAUCCCAUGUAUGUUUUAAACAAAAAAACCUAAAAAAAUACCUUAGGAAUGCCUUUUUGAAAAUCAAAUCCGUUUUUCCGUCUUUUUUUGUGAAAAUGAAGUAAUUUUUCAAAUUUUGACUCAAUCUAAUAGUGAAUCGACUGUACUGGGGAAAAUUGAAUAUUUUGAAAUCAGUUCAACUUUUUUUGAAGCCAGUCAGAGCCGAAGAAGGGACAAACCUCUUUGUAGGUGAUGAUCAUCUCCUUUCAGUAAGAGCAAUCGGCGAGAUCCUGGAACGGAAGACGUCCAUGGCGCAAGUCAUGGAGAAGACGGUCCAAGGCCUGAAACACGCCUACGAAUUGCGGACCUCGACCCCGGAGGACCUCAUCUUCGAUCUGUUCAAAAUGCGCGACCGCGACGAGGCUUCAAUCACCAAGCUUAUCAAGGUUAUUUUUUUGGAAAUCUUUCAAAGGGAUCUCUCGAAUGUUGAUGUAGUAUCUAUUGGUAGUAUCAUGUUUCUUGACAAGAGAAACGUGUCCAGUUAAACAUUUGAUUUUGAUUAUUUCGAAAAAAAAAGCCUUUUUUCGUCUCCUUAUACAUCUGCAAAAUGGGAAAAUACGCAUUUUUUCGAAUCCUAAAAUAAGUCGGAAAAUCUGUACCUUUUUGAAAGAUAUUGAUUUUCGAGGUAAUUCGUUGGGAAUUCUUGAGAGUGAUCCCUUGAAUGUUGACAAAGCCUCUAUCAGUAGUAUCAUGCUCUUGACUGAAGAAAAAUGGUCCAGUUUUAAUGAAAUAUUGAUGAUGUAGGUAUUUUAAGACAUCCUGAUUUCAAAUGAGACUUCCCGAUUUGGAAAUUGUGAGAAAUCCGGAUUUAAAAAUCUUCCGCGAGUUAUAAAGCCUCAAAAUAAAAAUAAAAAAACAGCUUUUUUUCCGUCAUGAUUUUUACUAAAAAGAAAAAAAUGCGAAAUUUUUUUGAGUAAUUUUUAAAUGAGAAGAUCAUAAAAUAAGUCGGAAAAAUCUGUGCCUUUUUUUGAAAGCUACUGAUUUUCGAGGUAAUUCGUUAGGAAUUCUUCAGAGUGAUCCCUUAAGUGUUGAUGUAGCUUCUAUUAGUAGUAUCAUGCUCUUGACAGAAAAAAAAUGUCCAGUUUUAAUGAAAUUUCGAUGAAAGGUAUUUUGAGACAUCCUGAUUUCAAAUGAGACUUGGAAAUUUUUGACAAAUCCGAAUUUUAAACCUUCUACGAGCUAUAACGACUCAAAAUAAAAUAAAAACAGAUUUUUUCCGUCAUGAUUUUACUAAAAGAAAAAAUGCGCGAUUUUUUUUUUUUGAAUAAUUUCGAAUAAGAAGAUCCUAAAAUAAGUCGGUAAAUCUGUCUUCUUUGAGAAAUAUUGAUUUUCAAGGGACUUCGUUGGGAAUCGUUCAAAGUGAUCCCUUAAGUGUUGACGUUGUAUCUUUUGGUAGUAUCGUAUUUCUGGACAGAAAAAUAUGUUCAGUUAAAUGGUUAAUGAAAUUUAAUUGAGAGGUAUUUUGAGACAUCCUGAUUUUUAAACCUUCUGUGAGUUUGAAAGCCUCGAAAAAUUUCAAUUAUUUCGAAGAAUGAAGACUUUUAUUUCGUCUUUUUCUGCGACAUAAAUGUACUAAAUAAAAAAAUUCUCAGUUUUUGAAGAAUUUCAAACAUAAAUGGGCGAGUACAGAACUCAUUCAGGCCAGGUGGAGAUGUUGACUUACAAAAAUUUUUUUAAAAAAAUUAGGUAUAAAAUGUAGUUUUGAGCUCAGGGAGACGGUGUUAACAAAAAUAAAAGUAGUUUUUAACUUCGGAAGGUAUUACUGAUCAUGAAAAAUCGAGAACAGGCCAAUUCAAAAAAAUGCUCGAGCAUGCAUGAUUUUGAAACAGGAAACUCUAAAAUAAGUUGGGAAAAUCUGUGCCUUUUUUAAGACUUCCUGGUUUCUAGUGAGUAAAAAAACACAUCACGUGCAAUUUAGUAGUGUUAUAAGGUCUCAAAGAUUUUUUCUAUUUGUGAAAGGGAAUUUUCAGCGUCUUUAUGCCAAAAAAAAUGACCAAAAAAGGAAAAAUGCGCAUUUUUUUUUUGAAUAAUAUCUAAGCAAGAGGUCCUGAAGUACAUCAAAAAUAUCUUAUAUUCACUUCCCUUGAGUGGAGAUGUCAAGUACACUAAAUUGAUCACUUAUUCAAGUCAAUGGAUCGAGAGCGAUCUCCGGCUGAAGAAAAACCAAAAAAAUCGAUCGCUGCACAUCCCAAUGUUCACGUGCGAGGAGUUUAAAGUCGAAAUAGCUGUACCUUUUUGAGAUAUUUUAUCAAUUUACUUGUUUCUUUCUUUGAUUUCAGUGAACUUUGUUCUUGUUAAUUUUGUAAAGCGAUGUAGAAGCUACGUGUAAUAUAAAGAGAUAUAAAAAAAUACAAUCUUUGUGAAUUUUUUUCACGGACAAAUUCCGAACGGCCUCAAAAAAAUAGAAUAUAGAGUUUCUUUUUCGAGUUACUGAAUUUAUGUAAAAAAUUUUCUGAAUCGCUUUUUUCCCGUUUUUUUCGAAGUUUGCGCUUUAAAAAGUGUUUUCUUAUAGCUUUUUCUUUAGGAGCUCCUUUUUCUGAUCAUCCUAAUCUUUGGAAAAAUAAGAGUUCUCAGCUUAUUUCCCGAUUUUUAGGUUCUAAAAUCGUUCGGCCUACGGCAAUCGGACCCGCGGCUGCGGCCAAUGUUCCAAAUGAUGAAGCGGAUGGAGGACGAGGACGACGACGCCAGAAACUUCGCCCUCUCUAGGGAUCGCUUCAAAGAGUUUACAUUAUUAUUUAAUUCUUUGGUCGCAUGUAGAAUGGCUCAAAGUUUUCAAUUAAUGCGCGAGUACGAGAUAAGCCAGGAUGGAUGUUUCAAAUCAACCUUUUUGCUCAAUCACUUGAUCAGUAUAGUGACAAGAGAUCUUCUGGCCGCAUUGAGAAUGGCUCAAAACGUUGCGGAUCAAGUUAGGAUCGCCUAACAGAAGCUUUUCAUUACCGCGCAAGUCGCUACGCAUUAAGACAACAUAACUGUUUCAUAUAAAUCUUUUUUGAUUGAUCUCUUGAUCGAUUUAGUAAAGGGAAAUAUUUUUAUGGCCGCAUUGAGAAUGGCUCAAAACGUUGCGGAUCAAGUUAGGAUCGCCUAACAGAAGCUUUUCAUUACCGCGCAAGUCGCUACGCAUUAAGACAACAUAACUGUUUCAUAUAAAUCUUUUUUGAUUGAUCUCUUGAUCGAUUUAGUAAAGGGAAAUAUUUUUAUGGCCGCAUUGAGAAUGGCUCAAAACGUUGCGGAUCAAGUUAGGAUCGCCUAACAGAAGCUUUUCAUUACCGCGCAAGUCGCUACGCAUUAAGACAACAUAACUGUUUCAUAUAAAUCUUUUUUUGAUUGAUCUCUUGAUCGAUUUAGUAAAGGGAAAUAUUUUUUUAUGGCCGCAUUGAGAAUGGCUCAAAAACGUUGCGGAUCAAGUUAGGAUCGCCUAACAGAAGCUUUUUCAUUACCGCGCAAGUCGCUACGCAUUAAGACAACAUAACUGUUUCAUAUAAAUCUUUUUGAUUGAUCUCUUGAUCGAUUUAGUAAAGGGAAAUAUUUUUUUAUGGCCGCAUUGAGAAUGGCUCAAAACGUUGCGGAUCAAGUUAGGAUCGCCUAACAGAAGCUUUUCAUUACCGCGCAAGUCGCUACGCAUUAAGACAACAUAACUGUUUCAUAUAAAUCUUUUUUGAUUGAUCUCUUGAUCGAUUUAGUAAAGGGAACUAUUUUUUUGACCGCAUUGAGAAUGGCUCAAGGUGUGGAGGAUCAAUUGAGGGUCGCCUAACAGAAGCUUUUCAUUGCCGCGCAAGUCGCUACCAAAUGAGCGAAAUUAAAAAUCAUAAGUAAUCGGAAAAUGUCAUAAUGUGUAAAAUACACACAAAAAAAGGCAAGAAACAAAAUUACACCCAGUAAAACGUAAAACAUAACCUAGGGAAACAAUUAUAAAUAAGGAACGGCUCAGUUCGAAGUGAGGAGCAUGUGUCCCAUAUCCUAGAAAACUGAUAAAAAGAAAGGUAAAGUAUAGAAAAAUGGAGAAAAAAAAAAUCUGAAGUUCGAUUUUCCAUGGAGCAAAAUUGCGGCGUGGUCUGGUUCUCCAAACCGACCGACCGACUUUUCCAGCAUGCCGUGAAAUUGUUUUGGCCGCAUUUAAAAUGGCUCAAAGCGUUGCGGAUCAAGUUUGGGUUGCCUAAUAGAAGCUUUUCAUCACCCCCACAAGACGCUACGAUUUUACCCAUUUUGCAAGCGACCUAACUGUUUCAAAGCCGAUGCUUAUAAUUUAUCGAUUACCUGAUCAAACUCCAGAUGCAUUCAUCCGUCGAUGCCGAUCAUCUCCCAGGCGCUCUGCAAUCAAAUGAUCAUCCCCAGCUGGGGAGAGUUCUGCGCCCGCAUGAAGGAUAUCUUUGAUGAGGUAAAACGGAGAAAAAUUCAGUGUAAAUUUAGAUAUUUUUAAAGGAGCAGAGACAAGUUUUAUAGAGGUCCCGAGACGAAGAACUUAUUUGAGCCAUAUCUUAGGUCUUGUAAGACCCAAAUUUACUAGAAAUGAUUUUUGAACAUAAUUCAAUGAUUUUGAAUAUUUUUUGCUAUGCAUAUCGCCUUGAAAGGCUCUGGUGAAGUGAAGUCGUCAAAAAUUGCAUGAAACAGUAAAUUGAGAUAUUUAGGUAUUUUUUUAAAGGAGCAGAGACAAAAAUUCAUAGAGGUCUCGAGACGAAGAGCUUAUUUGAACGUUUUUUUAGGUUUUAUAAGACUUUUACGCCUUCAAAUUUACUAAUAAUGUUUUUUUGAAUGAAAUUUAAUGGUUUCGAAUAUUUUUUUAUAUACAUAUUACCUUAGAAGGUUCCAAAAAGCUUGAAAAAGAAAAAUUAAAUUCAGGAAUUUCAGAAACUUGUCGAAAUUGUAAAGGGUCCCUAAUUUUUCUAACUAAAAAAAGUAUUUUUGAUUUUAAAAAUAAAAAAUUUCAGUGCCGAACGAUCAAGGAUGGUCACGUCGCCACGUACAUCCCACAACUGGCGCGACAAGUUUGA